AUGUCCAUCGCCGACAUCGUGAGCAAACAGCUCGCCUUCAGAGUGGUGGCCGGCCUGCUCGCCGCCUUCAUGUUCCCGAAGCAGGCCACCGUGGAAGAUUUACAUCAAUACGACUUCAUAGUAGUGGGCGGCGGCGCAGCCGGCGGCGCGGCGGCGGACCGGCUGUCCGAGUGCGGCCGGUACGACGUGCUGGUGGUGGAGGCCGGCGGCGACCCGCCCACGGAGUCCGUCCUGCCAGGGCUGUUAGCUUAUCUUCCUCACUCGAAGUACGACUGGAACUUCACCUCCGUGAACGUCAGCGAGUACGUCAAAGAGUCGCACAACAACGACGAGCUGAGCCUGACCACCGGCCGCGUGCUGGGCGGCGGCAGCAGCGUCAACUACAUGAUCUACGCGCGCGGCUGCCCCGGCGACUAUGACUCCUGGGCUGAGGACGUCCAAGACGACAAAUGGAACUAUGAAAACGUACUACCUUAUUUUAUGAAAAGUGAAAGACUCGAAAGCUCGGAACUUCUCUACUCUCCCGACAGAGUUUACCACGGCACCGAUGGAUUUUUGGGUAUCACUAGAGAAAACAGAAAGGAGACGACGAGAUACUUGGAAGCUUUUAAGGAAGCGGGACACAAAAUUAUAAACGACCCAAACGGUAGAAAUAACAUAGGCUUCACUUUACCUCAAUACAUGAUCUCCGGGGGGAUGAGGCAGUCGUCGGCGUACGUUAAUUUAGGAGCUCACAAAGAUCGAACGAAUUUAAACGUUUUAAAAAAUUCACUUGUCAGUAAAAUUAUUUUCGAUAGCGACAAUAACGCAAUCGGAGUGAAGGUGCUAACCGCUGACAACCGCGUGAUAACAGUUCUAGCGAGGAGAGAAGUGAUCCUGUCCGCCGGAGCAUUCAACACUGCCAAGCUCCUCAUGCUGUCCGGCGUCGGACCGAAACAACAUCUGCAGUCCUUGGGAAUUAAAGUCAGAAGCGAUCUGCCCGUCGGAAAAAAUUUGCAAAAUCAUGUGAUAAGCUUGUUAACUGUCAAAAUGGAGCCCUCCAGCGCAAAGAACGCUCCGCAGAACCCUCACGAAAUGCCCUUCCCCAUCGUCCUAGGCUACGGCGUGGUCGACCAGUCGAGAGUCUGCCCCGAGUACCAAGUUUUCAAUUAUCUUUUUCCGAAUGAUUCCGAAGGUCCCUUCGAUUUGUGUGCAUUCAACUUUGGAUUCAAGGAAACCAUCUGUCACAAUCUGAUCGAAGCCACUAAAGGAAGAAAUACUCUUUUCGCUACCGUGACCCUUCUCCACCCCGAUUCGCGAGGUCAGGUGACUCUUCGCAGCACCGAUCCGUAUGACCCACCGCUCAUAGACGCCCAGCUGCUCUCCGAAGAGAGAGACCUGGACGCUUUCACGAGCUACCUGCAAGACUACCUGCGGGUUCUCAACACGACUUACUUCAGAAGUGUCAAUGCCGAAGUGGUAGAGCUGGAUCUGCCCGGCUGCAAGAGCCACGAGUUCGGCAGCAGAGCGUACUGGAAGUGCUACCUGCGCUACAUGCACGGCGGCAUGUCGCACGACGUGGGCACGUGCAGCAUGGGCGCCGUGGUGGACGGCGCGCUGCGCGUGCUGGGCGUGCGGCGGCUGCGCGUGGCCGACCUCAGCGUCGUGCCGAGCCUGCCCAGCGGGAACACCAACGCGCCUGCCGUCAUGAUCGGCGAGAAAGUAGCCGAUUUGCUAAAGCGUGAUCAUGUCGUAGAAACGGUGCCUAAGUGGAGCUGUGGUGCCGACGACAGUUAUUUGUCUACGAUUUAUUGUUACAUAAAUAAAUACUUCAUAAAGUAAUCUGUUGUCAACAUUCAUUCACUCAAACUUCUACGAGUUCUCGUGUGAAUAUGGGGAACAACAAUAGCCUAUGACACUCGCAAAUAACGUAGCUUUCUAUUGGUAAAAGAAGGUUUUCCAAAUCGGUCCAGUAGA